GCAGGGGCUCCGGGUCGCCGCCUCCCGCGGCGCACGUGCGGCUGCAGCCGUGCGCCGAGCUCCCGCCCCGCGGCUGCUUUGUUGCCUCCGUGCCGCCGGCACCAUGCACACUCCGGGCUCCGCGGGCCCGGGCGACGCGCGUGCGGUGGACAUCAUGGACAUCUGUGAGUCAAUCCUGGAGAGGAAAAGGCAUGAUAGUGAAAGGUCUACAUGCAGUAUCUUGGAGCAGAAUGACAUCGAAGCAGUUGAGGCUCUUGUUUGCAUGAGCUCCUGGGGUCAAAGAUCCCAGAAAGGUGACCUGUUAAAGAUAAGACCCCUCACACCUGUCUCUGACCCUGGGGACGUCACCAGCACUGUGCAUGUGGACACAGCCACGCCCGAGCUACCAAAGGACUUCGACUCUUUAUCGACUCUGUGCAUGACUCCUCCUCAGAGCCCUGAUCUUGUGGAGCCAUCGACGGGGACACCCGUUCCUUCCCAAGUAACUGAUUCCAAAGCGUGCAUAGUCAAGACCUUCACCCCAGCUUCUGCUGGGGCAGCCAAAGUGCUGAGCAGGAAGGCGGAGAGGGGCCCUCCGGAUCUGAAGAUGGAGUCACUGGAGCCAGCCUCCAGCACCCCCUGCAGGCCCAUGGUGACAAGUGUCAUCCGCCACACCGGGGGGAGUCCUGCUUCUGGUCAGUUGGCUACUGCCCAGAUUCCAGAAUGCCAACUUUCUGUCAACAGAGGAGAAGCACAGUUUCUGGGACAUCCUGAAGCUUCGCUGGGCACACAGCUCACAGACAGUCUACUGAACACUAACUCAGUGUCAUGUCAGCCUUGCCUGCACAAGUCUGGUGGCCCGGUCCCCGUUGAUAAAGGCCAGCAGGCAGGGUGGCCUGUCGCAAUUCAAACCUGCUCACCAAAGAAUUAUGAAAGUGACUUGCCAAGGAAAGCCACCCCUCUGAUUUCUGUCCCUGUCCCCAGUUCCCCUGUCUUUUGCCAAAUGAUCCCUGUGACUGGACAGAGUGGCAUGUUCUCAGCUUUUCUGAAACCUCCUCCCCAAGUGUCUGCAGGGACCGUCAAACCCAUCCUUCCCCAUGCUGCUGCAGUGCCCCAGCCUGUGUUCGUGGGACCACCUGUGCCUCAGGGAGCUGUGAUGCUGGUCCUACCCCAGGCAGCCCUCCCCCAGCCUGCCACCUCCGCGUCCAGCGUCGUGGCUGUGGGGAAUAGCAAGUUCUUGCCCCUCGCCCCUGCCCCAGUGUUCAUUGCCUCUGGUCAAAACUGUGCCCCUCAGGUAGACUUUUGCCGAAGGAGAAAUUAUGUUUGCAACUUCCCAGGUUGCCGGAAAACCUACUUCAAAAGUUCCCACCUCAAGGCUCAUCUUCGCACCCACACAGGAGAGAAGCCUUUUAACUGUAACUGGGACGGCUGUGAUAAAAAAUUUGCUCGAUCCGACGAACUGUCCCGCCACCGCCGGACUCACACGGGGGAGAAGAAGUUCGCGUGCCCCGCGUGCGAGCGCCGCUUCAUGCGCAGCGACCACCUGACCAAGCACGCCCGGCGCCACGUGACCACCCGGAAGGCCCCGGGCUGGCAGGCGGAGGUGGGCCGGCUCAGCGCGCUCGCCUCGGCCGAGAAGCCCGAGAAGCCCGAGAAGCCGGGGGCCCCGGGGGCCGUGCCGGCCUCCGCCUGAGAGCUCCGCCGGGAGCUGCCCGGCAGGUGGUGGAGGCGGUUUUCAGGAGUGGAACGGAUGGUUUUCUCUCCCAAAAAAAAGGGGGCGGGCGGGUGUUGCAGGAGAAAGCGGGAGCUGGUUCUGAUGAAAGUAUGUUAAACUUUUCCUUUUUUGGUUGGGACCCUGUUCAAUCUCUUUUGGAGUUUCACAAGUUUUUUUGAGGAAAUGGAAGAAAAUUGGAUCAUCUGAAUCACCAGCAUUCAAACCGACAUUUCGGCAAUAAAGUUUACAAAAUCUGGAUUUUUACAACCUUUCUAUUCAUGUUUUGUAGAACUGAGACAGGGUACUAAUUUUUAUACUGGUUUUUAUUACAAUAUUUAUAUUGUUGGUGUUCCAACCACCAGUUUCUAGAUAGUGAUUUUACAGUCUUCUUUUCAGUGUUUAACAAUGGUUUUCAUAAUAACUCUACUUUUGGAAGAUUUGGCACAUUAUUCAGCCACAGAAAAAGACAAAACAAAGAAACAAAAACCACGAGUCUGUCAUCAGGCCUUUUAGAUCUACGAAUUUUUUAGAACCAGAACUGGUUGAAUAGGGGCUUCUUAAAUGAGGGGGGAAAGAGGGGAAGAACUUGAGUUUAGCUUUUUCAUAGCAUUUUCAAGAGAAAUUCCAGGCAACGAUUCCUUUAAGGCUGGAACCUAAAGAAUUAAAGUUUUGGUUAUGUAGGUCUAGUCAUUUACCUGUGUCCAUCGUGUGACUUGUAAAGAAUGUACCCCAGGGGGCCAUUUAAAAUACCCGACAGAGACCCGGUGAACAGUGAGCUGUGGGGUCUGAGUGUCCUUUGGGGCCGUGGCUCUGCUGGAGAGCAAGUCACUCAGUUUCCUGUUUGUACCUCAAAUACCAAAACAAAGAUAACGUAAGCUCUCAAACCCAGCCACUUUGUUUAUAAUCUGUUGACUUCUUUCUCUGUGGCCUUAGCGUAUUUUUUGAGUAGAGUAACUUCUUAGAGAAGAAAAGGUCCUUAGCGGUUGGAGGAACUUUCCACCAAAAUACAGUUUAGCUGGGGCGAAGCGAACCUGCAAACAAUCCAGCUCUGAGGUUCUGAGUCCCCUAGUGAUUAAACUCGGAGAACUACAGGAGAAAUGCUAGUUACGUCCAGUCGGUAACGCUACUCUGCUCGCCUUUCGUUCAUUAUAUUUGAAGAAAGUUGAUCAAACAGAAUGACUUGGAAUGGGGUGUUCUGCAGUCUGCUUAGAAAAUAGACCCAGGGCACCACUUUGGACCCGUGCGAUCUCAGGUCCUGAUUCUCUAUAGAGGCCGCAAUGCAGGGUCCGGGCAGCUGCUGAGCUGCUCGCGGUGGGCGGCGGCAGGAAUCCAGGCAACACGAGCCUGGGAAGGGUUUUUUUUGUGCCGAAUGUAUUUAGGUUUUGUCUCUGCCUCUUAGUCAUUGGCAUUUACUUUUAUUAAAAUGAUGGUAACGUGAAAUAUUGAAUAAAUACUAUUAGCUUUUAUGUUCGGGUCCUUUUACCCUGGUCAUCAUCACCUGGUGAGUCACUGUGUGUUGCUUGAUACCCGGCAAGUCGCCCGUUGGUGUCCGCUGCUUGCGACGUGCACGGCUGAGUGCCGAGUGCUGGCGUGUGUCCGAGCGCUUCCAGAUUUUUGGACAUUGCCUCGUCGACUUUUCCGCAGCUCACCAGACAACGCCGCUGCAAGAGAACGUAAUGGAAUGUAUAUAGUUCACGCUUCCCCGCUGCGCAGUCUUCUCCCACUUCCGUCUUAAGUCAACAAAAACAUCUCUGUGUCUGUGCCGCUGAAUGGCAUUAAAUUUGGGUAUUUUUCUUAAUUAUGCCAAAUAAUGGAAGUCCGACUGACGUUCUGGUGGAUGAUACAAGGUCUUGGAGUGCUGGAUUCCUUGUGGCGUUAGAGGUCGUUCCCCCAGCAGUGUCGUUUCUAAGGAAUAGCUGUGUUAAAAAUGGUUUUGACCUAAACUUCCAUUUCCUGAUGGGAUUUAGAAAUACCUUCUGUAAGUGACAUUCCCCCCCCACUCUGUUGACUGAGAAACUGUAAAUUGGGAGAGUUUCCAUCGAAGAAACACUGUCCCAGGAACCAGGGCCCUGGCGUUAUCUCAGCGCGGAGGCCCGUGGCGGCGCCUCUGGGCCCCGGAAGCAGAGCGCGCCCCUCCCCCCAGUGCACUUUAUCGCCUGAGCAAUUUUGCUUCGUCUUUUUUUUUUUUUGACUUGGAGCCUUUUUAAGUAGUUUCAGUAAUAAAAUUGAAAAUGCUUUGGAAUUAUGUUUUCUGUAA